ACAUUGUAGCAUCAUUAUAGCAUCCUGCACUGAGUCAUUGUGGUUAGUAAACUCCACUUCAAAUUACACACUUCCAUUCACCAUUUUCAAACUCCUACCAUGGCAGCAGAACUUGUCGGUGGUGCUCUUCUUUCCGCUUUUCUUCAGGUUGCAUUCGACAGGCUGGCUUCUCCUCAAUUCCUAGACUUCUUUCGUGGAAGAAAACUUGAUGAGAAGCUGCUCGGCAACUUGAACAUCAUGCUGCACUCCAUCAAUGCUCUCGCUCAUGAUGCAGAACUGAAGCAGUUCACAGAUCCACACGUUAAAGCAUGGCUUUUUUCUGUCAAAGAGGCUGUCUUUGAUGCAGAGGAUCUCCUGGGUGAAAUAGAUUAUGAACUCACCAGAUCCCAAGUGGAAGCUCAAUCCGAACCUCAAACCUUUACUUACAAGGUAUCAAAUUUCUUCAACUCUACUUUCAAUUCGUUUAACAAGAAAAUUGAAUCAGAGAUGAAAGAAGUCCUAGAAAAACUAGAAUAUCUUGCAAAGCAAAAGGGUGCUCUUGGUUUGAAAGAGGGUACUUAUUCUGGUGAUAGAUCAGCUGGAAAAGUGUCACAGAAAUUGCCAUCAUCUUCUUUGGUGGUUGAAAGUGUUAUUUAUGGCAGAGAUGCGGACAGAGAAAAGAUCUCUAAUUGGCUCACAUCUGAAACCGACAAUCAUAACCAUCCAUCAAUACUUUCCAUUGUGGGAAUGGGUGGGUUGGGUAAGACCACACUGGCCCAACAUGUAUACAAUGACCCAAAGAUUGAGGAGGCUAAAUUUGAUAUCAGAGCUUGGGUUUGUAUUUCCGAUCAUUUUGAUGUUUUGACUGUGACUAAAACAAUUCUUGAGGCAAUCACUAAAUCUAACGAUGAUAGCGGAGACCUAGAAAUGGCUCAUGGAAGAUUAAAAGAAAAAAUAUCAGGAAGGAAAUUUCUUCUUGUUUUGGAUGAUGUUUGGAACGAAAGACAAGAAGAAUGGGAAGCUGUGCGAACUCCUCUGAGCUAUGGGGCUCCAGGAAGUAGAAUUCUUGUCACAACACGUAUUGAGAAAGUUGCUUCUAACAUGAGAUCUGAAAUGCAUCACCUAAAGCAAUUAGAAGAGGAUGAAUGCUGGAAAGUUUUUGAAAAACAAGCACUAAAAGAUGAUGAUCUUCGAUUGAAUGGUGAAAAAAAGGAGAUUGGUAGAAGAAUAGUUGAAAAAUGCAAAGGAUUACCACUUGCUUUGAAAACAAUUGGAAGUCUUCUCCGAACAAAGUCAUCAAGCUCAUAUUGGAAAAGCGUAUUGGAAAGCGACAUAUGGGACUUACCAAAAGAAGUUGAAAUUAUCCCUGCUCUAUUAUUGAGUUACCAGCACCUUCCUUCUCAUCUGAAGAGGUGCUUUGCUUAUUGUGCAUUAUUUCCAAAAGAUUAUGAGUUUGACAAGAAGGAAUUAAUUUUGCUAUGGAUGGCUGAAGGUUUUCUUCAUCACUCUAAACAGAUCAAGAACGUACAAGAAAUUGGUGAACAAUAUUUUGACGAUCUAUUAACAAGGUCAUUCUUUCUUCAAUCAAGCCUUGAAAUGCGACAGACCAAGAAUGUACAAGAAAUUGGUGAACAAUGUUGCGACGAUCUAUUAAGGAGGUCUUUCUCUCUUGAAUCAAGCUUUGAAAUGCGAUUCGUCAUGCAUGACCUUCUGAAUGAUUUGGCAAAAUAUGUUUGUGCAGACUUUUGUUUCAGGUUAAAAUUCGAUAAAGGAAGCUGUAUACCCAAUACAACCCGUCAUUUUUCAUUUUCACUCGAUGACGUAGAAUAUUUUGAUGGUUUAGGGAGUUUAACAGAUGCUGAAAGACUGCGUUCAUUUCAUUCAAUUACAAAUAACUGUGGCUAUGGAAUCGAUCCUUGUCAAUUCACUAUUUUGGUGCAUGAAUUGUUUUCCAAGUUCAAGUUUUUACGUGUCUUAUCUUUGAAUGGAUAUAAUGAGCGUUUUGAGGUCCAUGAUUCUGUUGGUGAUCUUAAACAUCUCCAUUCGAUAGACCUUUCAUAUACUCGUAUACAGAAUCUACCUAACUCAAUAGGUUUCCUCUAUAACUUGCUAGUACUGAAGUUGAACUGUUGUUCAUUUCUGGAGGAAUUACCUUCAAAUUUGCAUAAGCUCACCAAGUUGCAUUGUCUGGAAUUUGAACUUACAAAAGUGACAAAGAUGCCAAUGCAUUUUGGAGAGUUGAAGAAUCUUCAAGUACUGAGUACGUUUUUUGUUAAUAAAAAUAAUGAGGUCAUCAGUAUCGAACAACUAGGAGGACUCAAUCUUCAUGGAAGGCUAUCAAUUAAUGAGCUGCAAAAUAUUGUGAAUCCUUUGCAUGCAAUAGAAGCAAAUUUAAAAAAUCAUCACCUUGUGGAGCUUGAGUUAAAAUGGAGUUUGAAUCACAUCCCCGAUGAUCCAAGGAAAGAACAGAAAGUGCUUGAGAAUCUACAACCUUCUAAACAAUUGAAGAGUUUAGAAAUCAACAACUAUGGUGGUACACAAUUCCCAAGUUGGGUAUUCGAUAAUUCAUUAUCAAAUUUGGUGUCCUUAUGGUUGGCUGACUGUAAAUAUUGCCUAUGUUUGCCUCCCUUUGGACUUUUGUCAUCUCUAAGGAUUCUACAGAUUAUAGGGUUUGAUGGAAUAGUGAGCAUUGGUGCUGAAUUUUGUGGGAGCAGCUCUUCUUCAUUCAAGUCGUUGAAAAUAUUGGAAUUCUACAACAUGAAGGAAUGGGAAGAAUGGGAAUGUAAAACUACUUCUUUUCCACUUCUUCAACAUCUUUCUAUCCAUAAUUGUCCGAAACUGAAAACUCUGCCAGAGCAACUUCUUCAUUUAAAGAAUCUAGAUAUUAACAGGUGUGAUAAGCUCGUAAUUAGCGUAAACAGCAUGUUCAUAUCCUCGCUUCAACUCUGGAGAAUUAUUUUAUGCCCACUUGUGGAAAUUCCUAUGACCCAUUACGAUUGUAUUGAAGCAAUGGAGAUUAAUAAUGACUGCGUCUCUUUCACCAUCUUUCCGCUAGAUUGCUUUCCAAAGCUCCGUUUACUUCAAUUGAGUCGGUGCCAAAACCUCAGAAGAAUUUCACAGGGACACACUCAUAAUCAUCUCAAAGAACUAAGAAUUGAUGAAUGUAGCCAAUUUGAAUCAUUUCCAAGUGAAGGAUUAUCUGCACCGUGGCUACAAAUAAUUUCAAUUCGAAAAGCGGAGAAUUUGAAGUUGUUGCCAAAACACAUGCAAAUCCUGCUUCCAUCUCUUACUGAACUGGAGAUAAUUUUGUGUCGAAAAGUGGAGAAGUUCCCAGAUGGAGGUUUGCCAUCAAACAUAAAACGCAUGUCUCUUUCAAGUUUAAAACUUAUCACCUCCCUGAGAGACAACUUGGAUGUCAACACACGUCUUAAAAGCUGGACUAUUGAAAAGUUGGAGGUGGAGUCUUUUCCCGGUAUGCUUGCAGUUUACUUAGAAAAGACAUGAAACAGAUAGUGAUCACUCUUGAUUCCUCAGAUAUCCUAUACUUGGAAAAACAAGGGGACAAGCAGGCUCUAGCAAAGGUUACAAGGUUGGUAAAAUUGGGAACGGGGAAGACAACAUUAUCUAUUGGUGACGGGGCAAAUGAUGUUGGCAUGCUUCAGGAGGCUGAUAUUGGAGUUGGUAUUAGUGGUGCUGAAGGGAUGCAGCAGGUAUGUCAUUGCAUUUGGAUUAUUUCAAAUUAAGGAGAAAUUCACUUGAGCAUAAUCAACCGAGCUGUCAGACCAACAUGGAUGCAACACAAGUUAUCAGUAAUGUUAUUAUGUACAGAAUAGAGUUGUUAGAAAUGACUAUUUUUACGAAACUGUGUUCAGGUGCGAAACCCAAUGAAAAUGUUUAAUGACAAUCAAACCGCCAUGUAGAUAGUGCCUAAACUCAGAAAAUUCAGCAUUGUGAUGAAGUUGGUUUUAAUUUUCUAUAUUGGAUUUGGUGAUUGGUGGAGUGAUCUUAUUAUUCAGCCUUUGGAUUGAACACUUCUUAUGAAUACUGAACCAAGUUGGGUGUGAUUGACAUUUAAUAUCUAUUCAUUACCUUGAGGAGGAAUGCUGGAAAUAUUCUUAACAGGGUAACAUUACUAUCUAGUCUUAUAGGUUAUCUUGGCCAUUACUUUCCAUACAAGUAACCAUCAUUAAUUAACAGGCUGUAAUGGCAAGUGAUUUUGCAAUAGCUCAAUUCCGGUUUCUAGAGCAUCUUUAGUUGGUACAUUGUCAUUGGUGUUAUCAAUGUAUAUCAAUGAUGGUAAAACCAUGCAUCCAUCUAUUUCUCAGUCUUAAAGAUUUAGUGUUCACCUACUCAAUGCUUUCACAGUUCAACUUUAGUUUCCUCAAUGUUCUGAAGUUACAGAAAGAGAGAAUAACAAAAUUCAAGAAGUAUCGUAAAAGAAAAAUUGUCAGGAAGGAAAUUUCUUCUUGUUUUGGAUGAUGUUUGGAAUGAAAAACAACAAGAAUGGGAAGGUGUGCGAACUCUUCUUAGCUAUGGAGCUCCAGGAAGUAGAAUUAUCGUCACAACACGAGCUGAGAGAGGUGCUUCUAACAUAAGGUCUGAAGUGCAUAGUCUGAAGCAAUUAGAAGAGGAUGAAUGCUGGAAAGUUUUCAUAAAACAUGCACUAAAAGAUUAUGAUCUUAAAUUGAACGAUGAGCAAAAGGAGAUUGGAAGAAGGAUAGUUGAGAAAUGCAAAGGAUUACCUCUGGCUUUGAAAACAAUUGGAAGUCUUUUAUUGGAUUGCAUCUUUUUCUGCAGGGUCAUCAGAUUGAUGCCUAUGGAAUUGGUACAUAGCUGGUUACGUGUUAUGCUCAAGCUGCUUUAGGUGUUGUUUUGAAGCUGGUUGAAAUUAAUAAUAAACCUCGUAUCAAACUUUCUGAAGCUGUCUCAAAGGUUUGAACACUAAACAGAAUAUAGAAGCGAAUAUAUAUAGAUUGUAUGGGAAAGAAGGUUAUGCUUUGGUAGACAUAAUGACAGGAGAAGAUGAACCCCCUCCAAAGGGUUCAGAACCAUCACAUUUCUUAAAUCACAAUUAAUCUUCCCAUCAUAUCUAAUUAAGAUUUUAAUUCAUGAGAAAAAAUAAAUAAAACAUAGCAGUCACAUGUAGACAAAAUAAGACUUAUUAUUU